AUGAAUCUCCUGAUGCUGACCUUCAUUAUAUGUGGGUUACUAACUCUAGUGACCAAAGCUGGCUGGGAAGCUCAAAGAUGCUGGAAGAAUAAUGUAGGACACUGCAGAAUACGGUGUUUACAUGUUGAAAGGUACAAAAUUCUUUGUAUGAACAAGCUCAAUUGCUGCACUCCCAUAAAAUUUGAUGAAUAUAGUCAAAGGCCACUACCUCCACUAUUUCCUACUAUCAAUUUUAAUACUUGGGAUGUUUUUCAUAAUUCCCCCAUAACUGGGAUCAGCUUUGACUACGACUCCCAAGAUGAAAAUUUCUACACAGGCUUUGACUACGACUCCCAAGAUGAAAAUUUCUACACAGGCUUUGACUACGACUCCCAAGAUGAAAAUUUCUACACAGGCUUUGACUACGACUCCCAAGAUGAAAAUUUCUACACAGGCUUUGACUACGACUCCCAAGAUGAAAAUUUCUACACAGGCUUUGACUACGACUUCCAAGAUGAAAAUGUCUAA